AAACACAAACAGAUGCCUUUAAGACUUUAAUUUAUACUAUAUAAAGAAGUGAUUAAAUUAAAAUAUGGUGCACCACAGGUAAUCGUGAACUCCAACUAUUUCAACAAUACGGUGAAUUUUAAAAACUUUGAAUUGAAGGAGCAGCUGAAGAUGCUGGACCACCCAAAAACAGCGAUAACAUGGGAGAUGAAAGCGACUGACAUAAAUGCUGAAUAUUGUCGUCAUUCUAAUUCGCUAUACAUUCCAGCGGGAAUACUGCAAAUGCCUUUCUACGACGUUAACGUUCCGGAUGCCGUUAAUAUGGGUGGUAUCGGUACCAUACUUACUCACGAAAUAUCACAUGCAUUUGAUGUCAAUGGUAAGCUUUGCGAUUAUCCUCAUAUUAAUUAACCAGUUAAGGUGAUGUGAAAGGCGAUAAGCAACUCCGAAUCCGGCCCCUGGGUCUGGGAUGGUUUCGAUAAAAAAGGGGCCCUAAUAAAUGCAGCGCCGUCUGCAUAGGCUGCGGCUACUAAGAUAUGCCGUCGGUAACGCCGCCACCCUUGUAUGG